AUGACCCCGAUAUUGGCCGCAGCACGGUAUGGCAAGGAUAAUGUCCGCGUCUACAAGGUGCAUCGCAACGAGGAGACAGGCUUCCACACCGUCGUUGAGAUGACAGUAUGCGUCCUGCUCGAAGGGGAUAUCGAGACGUCUUACACCAAAGCCGACAACAGCGUCGUCGUCGCCACGGACUCCAUGAAAAACACAAUUUACAUCAUGGCCAAGCUGCACCCGGUGACUCCGCCGGAACUCUUCGCCUCCAUUCUCGGUUCCCACUUCACAACCACAUACCCGCACAUCCACACCGCGCACGUCGACAUCGUCAUCCUCCGCUGGACACGUAUGACAUUUGAUGGAAAACCACAUCCCCACUCCUUCCUCCGCGACGGUACGGAAACCCGCAACGUCUCCGCCAUCGUCUCCGAAGGAAACAGCGGCAGCAAAGACAUCACCUCACUAACCAGUACAAUCAGCCUAACCUCCUCUAUCUCGGGCCUCUCCGUCCUAAAAUCCACAAACUCACAAUUCCACAACUUCAUCCGGGACGAGUACACCACGCUCCCCGAAACCUGGGACCGGGUGCUAAGCACCAACGUCGACGCCAACUGGACGUGGCAGCCCUUCACGUCCGUCGACGCCGUGAAGCGCGCGGUACCCCAGUUCGACGAAACCUGGCGCGCCGCGCGGGACAUCACGCUGCGCAUCUUUGCGCAUGAUAACAGCGCCAGCGUGCAGAAUUCCAUGUACAAGAUGGCGGAGCAGAUCCUGGCUGUGCAGCCGUUGCUGGAGACUGUGGAGUAUUCGUUGCCGAAUAACCACUAUUUUGAGCUAGACUUGAGUUGGCACAAGGGCCUCAAGAACACGGGUAAAAACGCAGAAGUUUACGUACCGCAGUCGGGCCCGAAUGGUCUUAUCAAGUGCAAAGUGGGCCGGGCCGGAGGAAACCGUCGGGAGACGCCGAAGUUAUAG